GAGGCAGACCAAAAUGAGGGAAAUGAUGUAGUGUUUGAAAAUGAGGGAAAUGCUUUUGAUGUGGAGAAUCAUGGUGAUGUGGAAUGUGAGUUGGAUGGUGGGGACAACAGUGUGGUUAAUGAAGAGAAUAUUGUAAUGGAUGGUGGGGCCCACUAAAUUGAAAGAAACAAAUGAUGAGGGACCCACUAUGUUGGAUGGAGUGUUAAAUAAUGAAAUAAAUGUAGAGGGGGAAUCUGUGGUUGUAAAUGAUUUUGGAUCUAGUGGUUUGGGAAGACAAACUAAUGAGGGGGUAGAAACUGCUGUGGAAGAUUUUAUUGGUGCAUAUUGGGUAGGUGAGGAAGGAGGAGAAGAUAAAGGUGAAGAUAGUGCUCUGCAACAUAACUUUGAUGAUUCAGAGGAAGAGUUAGAGGUUGAAGAUUGGGAUGGUGUGGUAGGAGGUUAUGAAUCAGAGGUAGUUAGUGACAUUUUUGAAGGUGAGGGGAAUAUUGGGAAUGUUGUUAAUGAAGAAGCAAUACAGGGAGAUGUUGAAGCAGAUCAGAAUGUGACUCAGGAAGUUGCAUCUGAAGAAACUCAGACAGAACCUAGUGUGACUGCAGUGGCUAGUGGUAGUAAGCCAAAGAAAAAGAGGGGAAGACCAAGAGGAAAAAGAGUAGAACAUACUGUGAUUGAACCUGUGUUUGAUGAUGAGGUAGUGGAUGAGCAAAUUAACACAAACCAAACUAUUGGUCAAUCUAGCAUAGUCAGAGUUGAGGAAGAGGAGUAUAACAGUGAUAUGUUAGAGAGUGGACCUGAAAGUGAAGAGGAAGAGGAAAAUGGUGGGAGUAAGCUUAAGUUUGCCACAUUUAAGAAACCUGAAAACAUGCGUGACUGAGUGGGAGGUAGGGACUUAUUUUGUGUCAAAGAAGGAAUUUCAAGAUGCUGUAAGAACAUUUGCUGUACAUUCUGGCAGGAAUUUAAAGUUUGAUAAGAAUGAUAAAAGGAGGGUGAAGGUAAUUUGUCGUGGGAAGAAGGGUUCAUGUGAGAGUCAGAUGCACUGUGUAAAAAUACCAGGUGAGGAAACAUGGCAAUUGAGGAGGAUAAAGGGUAAACACACUUGCAGUAGGGAGUACAAGCUAAGGAUAAUGAACUCAGAUUGGUUGGGUGAUAAGCUGCAUUCAAGGGUGAAAAAGAAUUCAAACUUGCAGUUAAAGACUAUUGUGACUAGAGUUCAUGAAAAAUGGAACAUGGGGGUGUGUUGGAGUAAGGCUUACAGAGCUAGAGGUAAGGCUAUUGAUUUGGUGGAUGGAUCCUUUAGGGAGCAGUACACCAGAAUAUAUGAUUAUGCCCAUGAGUUAUUAAGAUCAAACAAAGAGUCAACUGUUUGUGUUACCAAUAAACCAUUCCAAGGCAAUGAAGCAGACCUUGAGGCACUUGGAGCAGUUUUCUGUCCACAUUUUGAAAGACUAUAUAUUUGUUUCAAAGGGUGCAAGGAUAGUUUUUUUAACUGUAGGAGUGUUAUUGGGCUUGAUGGUUGUUUCCUGAAGGGUUACUAUGGUGGGAUGUUGCUCGCUGCUAUUGGAAGGGAUCCUAAUGAUCAGAUGCUUCCAAUAGCUUAUGCUGUGGUGGAAGGAGAGACCAAGGAAUCUUGGAAUUGGUUCUUGGAGCUACUAAUUGCUGAUUUAGGUGGACCAAGACUAUGUAAGACUUACACUUUUAUUAGUGACCAACAAAAGGGUCUUUUGCCGACUAUGGAUGAGUUACUACCUGAUGUUGAUCAAAGGUUUUGUGUCAGGCAUCUGUACAAUAACUUUAGGAAAAAACAUCCUGGGAAAAAGUUAAAGGAGUUGAUGUGGAGGGCAGCAAAAGCAACUUAUGAAAAUGCAUUCAUUGAUGCCAUGAAAGAGAUCAAGGAUAUAAGGGAAGGAGCAUAUGAGUAUCUCAAAAACAUUCAUGCCAAGCAUUGGAGCAAACACAAAUUCACUGGUGAUCAAAAAUGUGACACUCUGGUGAAUAACAUGUCAGAGACAUUUAACUCAACUAUUAUCAUAGCUAGAGGUAAGCCAGUGGUGACCAUGUGUGAGGACAUCAGAGUGUACCUGAUGGAGAGAUGGGAAGCAAACAGGCAGAAAGCUGCAAUAUUAGUAGUGAUAUUAAUUUUAUGAAAUGUUAUAUUUGUAGGCGUGCAAAUGAGUUUGAUUAUGAAGUUAGGCAUGUUUCUUUAAGUGGUGACAAGUUUCAUGUCAACCUGCAAAGAUGGUCUUGUGACUGCAGGAAAUGGCUACUAACAGGAUUGCCCUGCUGUCAUGCUAUUUCAUGUAUGAAGAAGUUCGACAUGAACAUAUUUGACUUUGUUCCAGAUAUCUUCAUGAAGGACAAAUAUGUAGCAUGUUACAGUAGUUCCAUUUAUCCAGCUAAUGGUCAAAGUUUAUGGCAAAGGACUGAGUACACUGAUCUUCAGCCACCACCCAUAAAAAAAAACAACCUGGUAGACCAAAAAAGAGAAGAAACAAGGAUGCCAAUGAAUUGUUGGACAACACUCAGAUGAAAAGGGCAAGAUGGGGUAUAAAAUGCAGUAGGUGCAA